UUUCUAAUUUCCCGAAGUUAGGCGAUGAUAAAUAAUAGGAAAACUCGUUAUUUCUGUGUCUACUGGAUUUUUGUGCACACCAAGUGUUUGACAAAAGUUAACAAUAUAUUUUUUCUCGUGACAGAAGAUCACAUCUCCAAUCUUUGCGCUCCUUCUUAUCAAAUCACGUGACAAUCACGCUAACAAACCAACCCACUCUGACCCUUCAGUCUCCUUUCGUCCUCGUCUUCUUCUCUUCGACGCUUCCCCAUUUUCUCUCUCUGUGUUUUUUUCUCGGGAAAUCCAGAGAGUCGUGGAAUCAGAAAGAAGAAACGCCUUGCUUUCUACGAGAUUUAGCAAUCCCUGAUCAUGGAGACGGAGCCAUCAAAGGUUGAAGAACUGAAGAAAAAAAAAGAAACUGCCCAGAAAAUAGAUCCAGAUCUCGCAACCAAUUAUGAGGGUCACGAAACGUUGGAACCAAAGGAAUCUGAAGAGAAACCAAACCCCACUCUGGUUUCAUCUCUUGAUAUGAUACUCAAGUCUCUGUGGAAAAUCAGCGUUUUCACUAAAGAGUUGCCCAGCUUCACAGAAGAUGAAUAUGUUUCCGAACUCCGUGAUUUCUUUCUGAACGAUCCAACUCUCGCUCAUCCUAUGGUUCUCUUCUCUGACCUUUUUAAGCCUUUGUCUUUGGAAACAAACGCUGUUUCUGAGCUUUUGGUAACCAUCUUGGAGCUUCUUCCUCGAUGGAGGAAUGAAAAUGGGGAAAAGCCUCUCAAUUCCCACUUUGAACUGUUGGAAGAGACGAAAAAGAUUUGCAAUAGAUGCAAAAUGGAUACGGAAUAUCCGGUUGAACGUUCUUAUGGUCUAACCGUCGCCGCUAAUUCACUCAGAGAAUUCAAGUCUGCAUUCGAGGAUUUUACGUUUGAGAACAUCCUUAAGGUUAUCAGGAUCACCUUGAUGAUGCCUUGUGACAAGGAAGGAUGCGGGAAACGAAGCUAUGUUGAUCGUAUGAUCAAUAAACUUCCAUAUGUUUUUACAAUUGCACUUGAGUGGGAGAACAACGAGACAGAAGGAGAGAUGUUAGAUACAACUUCUGCUCUGGCGACUGUGAUAGAUAUUAGUGCAGUAUACAAAUACGAAGGUGACAAUCUAUUCACCAAAUACCGUCUUGUAUCAAUGGUUUGCUUCCAUGGAGAUGAAUACAACUGUGUAGCUUAUGAAAACAAAAGAUGGGUCAGACAUUUUGGUUCUAAGAAAGAGGUUAUUGGAGACUGGGAUAGUGUUCUCAGGUCCUUUGUAAAACUGAAUAUGCGGCCUGAGAUUCUAUAUUUUGAAAACAUUAUGGUGGGAAGCAAGAUUGUGUUCGGGUCCUUAGGGAAAAGAUCUAAAAACCAAUAAAAGAUUUGUCAGUGGUGUAGGAAAUGGAUUGAUGUAUAUGCAAAACUUUAGAAUCGAUGACUGGGUCUAAGUCAAAGACUAUACAUAGAGUUAGUAGAACAAUGCUUUGGAGAUAGACAUUUUGAAUAGAUUUUUCUUUUUUCUUCAGCUAAAAUUCAACAUCUUGAGUGAUAAGAUCAUUGAUUAUAGUACUAUUCUCCAAAAGCACAGCUCAGUUUUUUUUCAUUAUUAUGCAUUUCAAUUCGAUUUAUUGGCUGGUAACACUUGUGAAGAUGAUCAUAGAGAGAUACAGCUCGCAGAUUUAGUUAAUUUGACUUUUGUGAGAUACUCUA